AUGUCCGAAACAGACCGCACGUCGAACCCGAGCUCCAAGUCCAAGACCCCGUCCACGGGGACGGGCGUUUCCUCGUCGCAGCACUCGUCCCUCUCGGCGGGCGCGCCCCGCCCCUAUAACCCCAGCGCGCAUCCGGCGCGGAGGCUGCGCUCGCAGUACCCUCGCGGGGACUCCGAGAACCAUGUCGAGUACAUCCUGGUGGCGUCGUUUGACAUUGACCGCGGCCCCGUGAUGGAGCAUCAGUAUCCGGUGGCCAUAACGGGAGACGAGCACAUGCUGGCUGAGCUGAUGUUGCCGGAUCAGGCGCAUGUACGGAACCAGGACUGGACCAUGUUCUUCUUGCACAAGGAUACAAGCCAGGAAGAGGAAGAUGAGGAACGCAAAGCAAAAGAGAACCGGCGCAAACGAAGACAAAGAAAAAGAAAUAAGAUGGCGGGGAUCCCCAAGAAGGACGAGGAGGAGGAGGAAGACGAGGAAGACGAUGAUGAUGACGAGGACCUUGACGACGACGACGAUGAUUGGGAUGACGAUGUUUCGAGCGACAGCGAACCCGAAGGCGGCGAAGGGCCGCCCCUGAUUUACGUAUUGAAUCUGGUGAACACCAAGCAAGACAAAACAGUGAAGCGAGGUGCAGUGGUCAAAGCCAUGGCCAUCUGCACACGACAUCCUUUCUUACAUAUCUACAAACCCCUUCUUCUACUCGCUUUGGAGGAAUACUUCAAAUCUCCAGUGCCAGAGACUCUAGCGCUCCUAUAUGACGCCGUGAAUAAUAUGGAUUUGUCUCUUAUGCCCAAAUUAAGCUUGUUGGAGAGACACUUAUUACAAGCAAGUGAGAACAAAGAUCUGUUCGUGGAGAAAUUCGAACAGAUGAUCCAGAUGAGGAUAGCAGAGGACCGGGGAGAAAAUGUUACAGACCAGCCCUUUGAUGCAAGUCGGGAUCCGCCAAAACCUCUAGGAAUAGCCCGAGCCGGGACAAAAGCCCAUUUCGAAGGGCAGGCAGCAUAUUCUGUUCCCAGAGACACGCACGAAUUCGAGAGCAAGGUCAUGUACAAGGGCAUCCCGAUACCUAUCAAGGUGCCCGUGGCAGUCAUGCCAGAGACUGUGGGCGACUUCUCCCUGAUCAAGCUGAUUCAGAACUUCUCCGACACCCAUGCCAAAUCCCCUCAACCGUUUGCCUUACACCCGCACCUUACAACCAAUGGUGCAAACACCCAUCCAAUUAUCAUCUUGGUCAAUGCCCUUCUCACACAGAAGAGAAUCAUCUUCCUCGGCCACAAUAUGCCAUCCGGAGAGGUGGCAGAAGCGGUCCUAGCAGCGUGUGCCCUCGCCUCUGGCGGAGUUCUGAGGGGCUUUACACGACACGCAUUCCCCUACACGGACUUGACCAAAAUCGAUGAUCUGUUGAACGUGCCGGGCUUCAUUGCCGGCGUCACAAAUCCAACCUUUGAGCUCCACCCUGAAUGGUGGGAUCUCCUAUGUGAUCUACCCAGUGGAAAGAUGAAAAUCAGCAGCAAGAUCGAACCUGCCGCCAUCACUGAGGGCCUGGUGUAUUUCCAACAGCAAAACCCAGCGUACGCCGGCCUUGUGGCUGGCUCCUCCUCGAAUAAUUCUUCAGGAAGCGAUCUCACCGGAGAUGCCGCUUUCAUGAAUGAUAUACUGAAGAGCGUGGCCGCCAGACAUGGCGAGCGAGUCAUCCGCGCGAAAUGGCGCGACUGGGUGCUGAAGUUCACCAGGAUAGCCGCCGCGUUCGAGGAGAGUGUGUACGGGGCCAGCGCUCUAUACAUUGGUGGAGAUGAUUUUGACACCGGCUCGGCGGUCGUCAAUGGACAUGGGUACGUGUGGCCGGAUGAUGCAUCAAAACAAAAAGAGCUGGCUGGAAAUGUGACGAGGAUCGAGGGCUGGAGGAACACGAGGAGCUACUACAGCUUCAUACAGGACCUAGCCCAGUUGUAUACCGUCAGGCCCCUGAAAGGACUAGAUCUACACCACAUGCAUGACCGCCUAAGGACGCAGAGGUUAACACCCGCUCAGAGCAAGGAGAUUUAUCUAGCGUUUUCAAAAUACGUCUACUCUUACGAUGAGAUAUGUCUGCUCUUGACCGUGGCACCCGAGUCGCAUGCUGGGUUGUUUUAUCUUGCGUUGGGGCUGUUCCACAAGGACAGGGUGGUCCGGAUCAGGACAGCCGAGUUGCUAGAACGGAUCGCAGAGCACGAGGCCGGCCAGCACUGGUGGAACUCGCUGAGCCGCUUCGAGAAACUCGCCUACAUCCGCAUCAAGCGCGAGGCCGAGGUGGAGAUGAAGGAGAGGCUGGAGAAGGAGGGGUUCAGCCCGGAUGUCGAAAAGAGGGUUAGCUGA